AUGGCAAACCUCUAUGUUUUGGCCCUUCUAGCAUUAUUUGCUUCUCUGACUCAGACCCAAGAGGUCCCUGUUCAGGCCCCGCUGCAAUUUCAAGCAGAAACUCUCCCCGUCGCACCACCUAUCAAUGCCUUCAAUCAAAUUGCCCUUGACGAUAUCACCCCUUCGGUAGACUCCAAAGGCUUAAUGAAAUGUUGUCCCCCGGGCACCUUCUUCGACGGCACCAGCUGCGUGUUUAAGCCCACAACAGUCUGUCCUCAAGGAACAAACCUUCACGAGGGGGCCUGUGUCACCGAUGAAAAGCCCACAUGCCCUCAAGGCACCGUCCUGAGCGAUGAAAAGUGUGUGUCCAACACAAACCCUAGCUGUGCUUCUGGAGCGCAUUUCGAUGGCAGCAACUGUAUCUCCACGCAGCUUCCCGCCUGUGACGCUGGCUUUGACUUCAACGGUGUAUCCUGUGUCUCCAAUGAGCAAAAGGUUUGCCCCGCGGGCUUCACCGUGGUUGAGAACCUGUGCGUUUCCAACUUGCCGCCUGUCUGCCCAACCGGCGAGAGGCUGGAUGGAGCAUCCUGCACCCAUUCCCAACCGCCGUCAUGUCUAGAUCAGAUGACUCUGAACAAUGGUCUAUGCACUCAGAAGCAAUGUCCUCUUUGUCCGACCGGUUUUACCUUUAGCGAGCAGACCAAGAGUUGCUCCCACGAGGAGAAGCCCGCCUGUCCAGUCGGCGCGACCUUCAGCGGACGUGUCUGCAUUUCUGAUACGGCGCCACAAUGCCAGAUAGGACAUUUCAACGGCUGGACAUGCGAGGCGCCUGAGGCCCCAAUGUGCGUUUCUGGCUCGUACUUGAUAGAUGGCAUCUGUACGACGACUCCUCAGGAUGGGGAGUGUCCCUCAGGCUUUACCUUCAACGGUAAACUUUGCGCUUUCAACAGCCCGCCUGUAUGUCCUCCGGAUGCCGUUUUGUCUCGGGGAAUUUGUGCUCUCACAGAUAAGCCGACUUGUUUAGAAGGCGCUUUCAAAGGAGCGGCUUGUGUUGUGCCUCAAGCGCCUACGUGCCCCCAAGGGUCCACUCUCUCAGGCGAGAUCUGUGUGUCCACGGUACCGCCAACUUGUCCUGACCAGAUGAUCCUCCGUGGGGAUGCCUGUAUCCGAACGAGUCCACCAGUUUGUCCAGCUGGGUCGGUCUCCGGCGGUGGUAGUCUCUGUAUUACCAUUGAAACCCCAACAUACGUUGUUGGCACACUCAAGGAUGGCAAAUGUAUCUCUAGCACGGGACCGGCCUGCUCAGGCCAAGCUGUCUUCGACGGUACCAACUGUGUGUCCCCUGGAGUUCCGACAUAUGCAUCGAAUUUUACAUUUAACGGCACCGCCUGUAUCUCGCAUGGCUCGCCAGCCUGUCCUGAAGGCGACGUAUUUGAUGGCAGGGUUUGUCUUCACAGCCAGCUUCCAGAGUGCCCUCCAGACACCCACGUUCGCGGAAACUCCUGUGCCACCCAGGCGGGACCUAACUGCCCCGAGGGCUUUGUCUUCUCACCCGAGGGUUGCAUUGCGGGGAAACUGCCAGACUGCCCGCCUGAAACGACCUUACAGGGAGAGAAGUGUGUCUCUCAGCAGCCGCCCACUUGCCUGUCUGGUACGCAGCUCAACAAUGGCUCCUGCGUUACUAUCAACAGCCCGCCAUGCCCUCCUGGAAGCGAAUUGCGUCCAGAGGGUUGUGUGACUAUUACUGUCCCUUCGUGUCCACACGGAACCACGCUCAAGGAUAACAAAUGCGCUUCGGAUAACGGACCGACUUGCAUCCUUCCACUUAUUGCCUUGGGUGAUAAUUGCAUUUCUCCUGAAUUGCCGGUUUGCCCGGCAGGUACUCUGUUAUCUCAUGGUAAAUGCAGCUUGUCUCCCUCACAUGGCUGCUUCAGUAUGCAGUAUUGCCCUCCUUUGUAA